CUUUGUUGAUCUAGAAGUCGAUAAAUCGGUACGCACGAAUGUGUAUUCCCGCCAUUGUCGUACGUAGUGGGUUCAUUGUUAACCAUAUGCCGACCACCCCUCUCUAACAAAGUAAUAGACUCGUCCAUCUUCUUCGACUUCGUCUCAAUUAUUUUAUCGACGUACCGAUGAAAAUUGUGAAUGAUAUUUCGUGUGAUAGUGUUUAAAAAUAAUAACUUCCUCGAUCGCUCCUCGAAAUAUCAAAAUAAUUUAUUAAUCAGGAGUAAGAAGAAUAUUUUCUUUGUGCAUGGACUCGGCCAUUUUGCUGUGGUGGGGAAGGGGAAAGUGGAAGAAAAACAUGCUGCCACUUCUGUCAUUCGUGCCGAUCGUUUGGAGAUUUUCGUGGGCGGAACUAAACAAAGGAUUUAAGAUAAUCGCUAGGCCGAAUGUUCGAGCUCAAAAAAACUUUCGAGAAGUCGGAACGAAGUCUAAAAAGAUAUCUCGCGUGAAUUCCUUUGUCAGCCAUGUGCAAAUGGUGUAGCAUUUAAAACAUCCUCGCGAACGAAGCGUACCGACCAAUGAGUAUGGCCUAGGCCGUGUCACGUGACUUCGGCCGGCCAAUAGGCGGGACGAGAUUUGAAAUCGUGCGUGGUCUUUGUUCACGAGCCUACCGUCAACGUUACUUCAGUUCCGUAAAGGGGGCCCUGUGUCGGUGUUCGUUUAUACAUGGUCGCUGCUGAAAAUCGCAUAAUUUCCAAGUAAAUAUAUGUGUGAAAGUGGUGUUUCGCUGAGCGGACGACGUACUUCGAGGAUCGUCGAAUAUACGUCAGGUGAAUGUUGGAUACAGAGAGUAGACACGGUACUGGGCUGGAUCAGGGACCAUCGAGGGACCCUUGGCUCGCUAUGGAUUACUACUUGGGCACCGAUAGUCUUUCUCUUCAGGAAAUGCUCGAUGUCGACAUCAAAUGCGAGAUCGAAGGGGUAAUCGGUGGCCACGCAGAUCUUGGCUUCAAUUUCGGUGAUUUGUCGCCGUUAGAAUUGGACGACAAUCCGGUUGGAUGUGACAACGAUCUCAGCGGAUGGUUCGGUUCCACCAGUUUGCUCAACGGCAACAGCAAUAGCUCUAACAGCAAUUUCAAUUUCGAUUUGAGUGGCGGCGAUGCUGCCUCCAUUAUGGUGAACCCCAAUUCGGUAAUGCCCCACAUGGCCAUCCACAGUCCUACGCCAAAUAGUAACAGACGGCACUUUUCUUUCUCGCCAAAGAUAGACGUUAAAGAUGAGAAAAUAGACGUCGAGAACGAGGUAGAAAAUGAAGAUGAUAAUGAGAAUGACAACGAGAACGACAAUGAUAAUGAUAAUGAAAACGAGAAUGAAAAUGAUCAUGAUAAUGAUAAUGAUAAUGAUAAUGAUAAUGAGAAUGAUAAUGAUAAUGAUAACGAUAACGAUAACGAUAACGAUAAUGAAAAUUAUAACGAGAUCGAUACGGAAAUCGAACAAUAUGAAAACGACAUAACGGAAACCGAGGAGGACACCGAGGAUGAGCAGGAAGUAGCGAGGACGAUUCCGAUUUUAAAAGCAAAGCCGUCUACUACGAUACCGGUAAAUACUGCCGUUAAAACGAUAUCACCUCAAAUAACGAAGGCUCAUCUGUCACCGAAAAUCAGUACGAUAUCCGGCAUAAGGGUACAAAAUUUUAAGGUCCUGCAGAGUCAACCGAGUCAACAACAACCGCAGCAUGUUAGGAAGCAGAUUUACAAUAACAAUGUUCACGUCAGCACGACUUCUUCCCCAGCGAUCUCAACGAUUAAUAAAGAAUUCGAUUUGUCCGAUUACGAGGACAAGCUCUAUCCGAAGCCAGCGUAUUCUUACUCCUGUUUGAUCGCCAUGGCCUUGAAAAAUAGUCAAACGGGCUCCCUGCCAGUUUCAGAAAUUUACAACUUUAUGUGCGAGCACUUUCCAUAUUUUAAAACUGCACCAAACGGUUGGAAGAACUCUGUGAGGCAUAAUCUUUCGUUGAAUAAAUGUUUUGAAAAAAUUGAGAAACCAGCUGGAAAUGGAAACCAAAGAAAAGGCUGUUUGUGGGCAAUUAAUCCAGCCAAGAUAGCAAAAAUGGAUGAAGAAGUUCAGAAAUGGUCAAGAAAGGAUCCAUUGGCAAUUAAAAAGGCAAUGAUAUAUCCGGAUCAUUUAGAGUUACUUGAAAGAGGAGAGAUGAAGUAUGCUGGCAGUGGCGAUAUGUCAGAAGAAACAGAAAGUUCUGGCGAUGAGACUGCAGAAGAAAGUGCUGUAUACGAUGAAUCUAUACACAGUCAUAUCGCAGCUAAUUCAGUUACAGAUAGUUAUGAUGAAAGUAGUCAGGAUUGCGAUGUUGACAUCACGGAACAUCUUUAUGAUGAAAUUGACAUAGAGGAUAAUAAAGAUGCUCUGCACAUGCAAUUAAAUAUUACUAAACAAGAGGCAAUUGAAUAUGAAUUAAGUCCUAGUACAAAAAAGCAAAAAACUUUAACAGGUGCGAUACAAGGAAAUUACGUAUAUCAACCAGUAACUACUUCUCGAAGAAAAGCGCCUCUACUUUUAAGAGCUGGAACCACAGCCGAAUCUUUUCUUAAAAUUGAAUAAAUUUAGAUAUUAUUUAACAUAUUCAAAAGGAUAAAUAUAUCUAUAAGUAUUACACCCAUUUCUCCGAGGUUUCGAUAAAAACGUUUCAUGUGCCCAUAGAACAAAUCACUGUUUUUCUCGGAAAAUAGAAAGUGCAUCAAAUUUUAUGCAAUAUAACGAUCUUGUGAGUUGAGUUUCGGAUGCAUUUGUAUAUCGUAUAUCAUAAUAUCCAUGAAAAAAAUUCAAAAGCAUUGGUAAAAUAAUUAAUUCGUAAUUGUUAUACAUCUUUCGAAUUCUUUUCAUCGUUAAUACAUAUAAAUGAUCUUCGAUAUACCACAUCAUCUUGCUCAUAAUAAUUAUUUAACUUUUAAUAUAACAUAAACUUUGUGAGAUUAUAAAAGUUCUAAUUUUUAUAUAUAUCACGAUAUGUGUGCAUGGAAAUACUUUUUUGUCAUGCCUCGAUUACCAAGUAAAAUUAUGAGUAGACAGAAAGCAGCCGCAAACAUCAGUACUAUAUAGUGUACAUACGAUGAUGAAAAGUAUAACAAGCAAAGUGGUAUAUAUCCCACUAUCAGUUUAACAUGUUAGCUUUUAUAUGAUCGAAAAUAUUAAGUUGUAGAUUUAAAACUUUAGUAAUUUAUGUAACAAACUUACUAGUAUAUAUGUCAUGCGUUUUAGAUCGUAUAGGAGUAUGUGCUCGUGAACCAGCACAAUCAUAAAUAUCGUGUUUACUUUACACACUGCAUUAGUAACUAUGAUAAGAUGUAUAGUUACAUACGAAGAUCUUCCAAAUUCAUUAAAUGAUUUUACAAACUUCCGUUUAAUACUAUUGCGAAUAUUCACCGAUCUUAUUUCUCUGUAAUCUCUAUACACGUAUAGUUAUCAUUCUAGCACCAUAGACAAUUUAAAAAUGUCUUCUCUAAUUUGACAUAUCCUUCUUAUCGUAGCUCUUAUUUUUGUUUUUUUUUUCUUUUGUUCUUUUUGUAAAAAUAUACGUAUUGCUUUGCAAUUUUAUAUGUCUGAUAAACAAAAGUGUAUGGAGAAAACGAAUAAUAACAAACAACUUUAUGUUUAUGUCAAAAAACUGUUAUAUUAUAUAUAACUGAACAUUGCGGUAAAAAAAAAAAAAAAAAAAAUGAGUUUAGAAUGCAGUAAUUUAUAACGUUUUAUCUGUAUCAUCAGCAUUAUCAUUGUUUAUAUUUUGUAACUAUGACUAUAUUUGAAACGAAAAAAAAAAAAAAAAACGAAAAAAAAUGUAACAUAGAUUAAUAAGUAUUUGGUCAUUCUAAUGUUGGCCAGACUGAUGUAUUAUACUUUUUAUACAUUUCUGAGAUAAAUAAUAAUUGUAAAUGUUUCUGCAAUUAUAUACCUGAAAACAUAAGAUUACGUAGUAUCACAUUUAGGUAGAGUACAAAGACGACAGCUAUGGAAUGGUCAAGAAAAAAUUUUUUAUAGAAUAAGCAGAUGGGAAUUGUAUACCUGAUUUGUUUUUAAGUAUAACAGUAAUCGUAUUCUUAGUUUUUAUUUAAUUGUAGAAAAAUGUUCCUUUCUCAACUUAGGACAAUGUUCAAUCGACAAUUUGAUUUUUCGUAUAAAAAGUAUAUAAAUUGAGAUUUCAUAGCUUUUCAGAAUAUUAUUGAAAUUUUUAUAUCGACGAUACGUGCAUAUCAUUAAUUGAUUUUAAUAUUGUAUAUACAUCUUGCAAGUAAUAAUGCUAGGUUGUAUAACAAAAACCCUUUUUUUUUUCCUUUUUUAAAUAAUGAUAUGACGAAGCUCACGUUUAUGAGUUUUCCUUAAAAAUAUUAUAAUACAACGUACCUAAUGGUUUGCUUUAUCGACAUUAUUUUACUAAUACUUUUACAGUAACGUACAAACAUAGGAUCAAUCGAUACAAACUUUGUAAAGUAUCUAAUCGAUAGAACUCUUUUAAUUUUUUAGAAAAAAAUUCUAUCCUUUUAGACGUGCUUUCUAAUUAUCCUAUAUAUUUACAUUAAUUACGGUAGCAUACUUGAUUUGAAAAAAUACGUACAAGAUCUGUAACUAAUAUUUAACAAGAAUUAUUUCAAUAUUAGUAAAAAGAGAAUAUGCACACUUUGUCUCCAAGUUAUUACCACUCUUAUCCAUCGUAUCUUCUAAGAAUAUAGAACUUAAUUAAAAAACAAUAUUAUAUUCAAAAUAAGUUGUACAUAGUAAGAGCUAUCUCUAAAUUUAUCUAACAAUAGACAAAGUACUAAUAUACUUGUAUUACAACAUUUUUAGGAAAAUCAAACGUGGUAUUAUAAAUCUAUCAUGUACUAAUACAAUAGAAAGCUUGCUUUAAGAUGUAUAAAGUAUGUUUUAUGAUUAAGAAAUGGGACCAAUCUUUCAAGUUUGAUUUUAUCACACAAAGAUGUUCUUUUUUGUUUCUCAUAAGACAGACUUAGUUGACUCAAAGAUACAUUUUGUAUAGAAAGUAUUUGUAUUACUGUAAAUACUUCUUUUUUUUUCUAAUAAACAUUAAUAGAUUUUUAAUCAUA